ACCGUCGCCGUCUCUGUUGCCUUAUAAAAAUGGAACCCUCAUAUGAUCACGAACAUCCACAUCAUCUGCUAACAAAUUACAACUCUAAAAAGUAUCCACACAUCUCGCGUACUCCGGAGUAUAGCCACUCGACGGGCAGCGACUAUCCGGAGCAUGGAGGCUACUUGACGACGGAUGGCCGCCUGAUGCACGAUGGUGCGGGCGAGGCGAGCCUCUACCAUGUGCGCCAGGGCAGUGAACACUCCUCGCCCAGCCUGCACUCCCCAGCCAUACAGAGCUCCGGCUACGAGAACGAGCACUCGCUGAACGAGGCAGUUCUCUCGGUGCACAGCCACUCCCCGAUGCCGAUGGUGUCGAGUGCGUAUGUGGGCGGAGGUGGAGGCAGUGCGUCCGGGUCGCUGAUCAGCAGCAACAUACCGCUGCUGGGUGGCGGUGGAUGCUCCUCGGUGCUGAACAAGUUUCUGUCGCAUCCACAUCCCGGGAUGGUAAGUGGGGGCUCCAUGGAGGAGUGCGCUUCGCAUUCGCCCAUCGAGCCCGCGUCCAUGUGGAGCUACGACUACAAGGGCGAUCUGUGCGCCCCCAACUGUGGCUACCUGGAGAGGCACAAGCCAAUGGCCGCCGAUCUGAAGUACAGGCCCGGCGUAACCCAGUCAAAAAGUGCCAAAGAGUCGCGCAUCCGCCGGCCGAUGAACGCGUUCAUGGUUUGGGCCAAGAUCGAGCGCAAGAAGCUGGCCGACGAGAAUCCCGACCUGCAUAACGCAGACCUCAGCAAGAUGUUGGGCAAGAAAUGGCGCUCAUUGACGCCGCAGGACCGCAGGCCGUAUGUUGAGGAGGCGGAGCGCCUGCGCGUGAUCCACAUGACGGAGCAUCCGAACUACAAGUACAGGCCGAGGCGCCGCAAGCAGUCGAAGCUGCGCUCCAUGCAGCCGGGAGGCAAGGAUCAGGCAGAGAACUCACCUGCCGCCGGGGCAGGAGGGGGCAAGGCAACACCGAAGCUUUCCACGCCGCCGCUGACGACGGCCACCGCCUCCUCCAGCUAUACCACGCCCACCGACGAGAGCAGGUGCUCCUCCACGCCCCAGAAUCCCAACCAGAACCAGAAUCAGUACGAGCAGCCGCUGAAGCCCACGUAUUCUCCGAGCUCCGUGGACUGCUACAGCAAUGCGGACAGCACUGAGCAGAUCGAGUCGCUUGCCGCCAAUUGCCCACCCGCCCUGCUCUCAGAGUCCUCGCCCACAGGAGGCGUUGGGAGCUACGACAGCUCCCUGCUGCUCAAGAAGCUAACAAAGCCGCCGACCAGUCGAGCGGCCAAGGCGCGUCAGGAUAAACUCUCCAAGGCGGAGGAAAAAAGCAAGGCGCAGGCACAGGCACAGGCACAGCAGGGACUGUACGCCGCCUCCUAUCCGCUGGCCCCCACUUCGGUGGCGGUGGUGGCCGCCCGAGGCAUGUACGUAACGUGCAACAAUCGCGGGCUGCUCGAUCAUGGGCACUCCGUGAAGGGGACCUUUUAUCCGCCAGUGUCCGCAUCAGAGGACGAGGGCUCGAUGCGUGGCAGCGUUGGGGGAGUGUUGCAGCAGCACUGUAACUUGGCGACAUCCACAGCCACGUCCUCUGCCUCCUCUGUGACUGUCUCCGCCAGCGAGAUGAGCGGCUACACCGUGUCCAUGUCGGACAACUGCAGCAACCUGCUGGGCGCCAACGAAUAUCUUUCCAAUCCUCAUCCCCAUUCGAAUCCCAGCGCCAAUGCGUACGGUAUGCAGUACGAGGAUUUUCUCCGCUAUCAGAGCAACGACCUGGAUUACAGCUCCGCCGAGCAACACAAGGACAACGCCUCGGACGGAUCCGUGUCGCAGAAGUGCCUCAAGUACCCGGACACAAAUCAGAACUACGACGACUACGAGGCGGAGGCGUACAACAAUGCAAUGCUGUUGUCGGCCCCUGGAUCCGGCGGAGCGAGCUACUACACCCAGCUUCCGUACGCCCCCACCGGCCUGGCGGCCUUCCCGCUGCAGCUGGCGGUGCCCUUCCAGCAGACGGCGCCCGGUCCCUAUGGAACGCAAGCCAUGCAGAGCAGCUACCUCCACUACGGUAACUAUGGGGGAUACGAGGGCAUGGCCCAGUCCCAGACGCAGACACAUCAGCAGCAGCAGGUUCCGCACCAGACACCACCUGCUCCUUCUGUCUCAGCGCCUCCUGCUCAGACAGUGACCUCGAAUCCGGCAGCCAUGCAACAGCACCCCCAUCAUCAUCACUUUGGCCCUGGACCGGGGGGCAUGGUUGGAGUGGGAGUCGGGGAGAUGCUCUUCGAGCAACAGCAGCGGAAGGACGACGAGAUUAGCAACAUCCUGGCCGGAGUGCGCAAGACCUGCUACAGCAACUGAUUCAGGAUCGGCAUCGGAUAUACUAUACAUAUGUAUGUAAUUUUUGGUAACUAGAGAUUAGUGAGUGGUUUAGGUUGUCCUGUCCCUUUUUGAACCCCACCCCCAUAUAGAUUAUCCAAUCCACAUAAAUUGUACAAUGUUUAGAAGUUUUAUAAAGCGAAGAUGAAUAAAGUAUAGUCGAAGUAAUCGAAUCGCACAUCGAAGAAAAGUAGAAAGUACGCGCCACGUGCUAUAGAAGUUAAUUAAUUAAUCGAAUCCAAUCAAA